AUGGGCGAUGGCGGAAGUCCUGAACACACGCAAGGCUCAACGGAGGCUGUAGAUCGCAGAAAUACUUCCAAGGAACUGUGGCUUCCGUCGAGCUCCGGUGUGGGCACGGCACCAACGUUCAGAAAGGAAGAGCACAAGAAGAGGGAAGGGUUCGUCUGUUUUAUGGUGACAAUCCAUUCGGUGAAAGGGGUGCGAUUUGGACUCGGUAUUAAGCAUUUCAACGAUCAAGUCAUUGUCAGCAAAUCAGAAAAAGCAUUCAAACAUGGUGAACCUAGUAAUAGAACGGCCAGUGAACGACGAAGCGAUCACCAACAUGAAGAGUUUCCUGGAGGCUGCAUGUCGCCCCUCAGCGCACAGUUCACCAGUCAACUCGGGCGCUCAUAA